AUGACCUCUAGCUCUCCCUGCCUGCCAGCCAUCCUGCCUGGAGAAGUACUGCCUGGCAGUGGGAGCAGAGCCCCGGCACCCUGCCCUGGUGCUGUCAGGCACGCCGGGCUGGACGUGGAGGAUGCCCCGCAUGCCUCAAAACCAGAGGAGGUGAAAAACUUGUGGGGAUUGAAGCCAAACCUGGACAAUUUAGCCACUGUUCGUGGAAAUGCUUACUCGGAGCCAGGCUUCUAUCCCGCACAUUUCUCCUGCGUUGCCAUCAGCAUCAACUGCAUUUACACCGAAGGGACAGGCUGGGAUGGGAACAGGGCAGAAGAAGGGUAUGCUGUGCGGAAGGGCUGGACCCUUGCCCACCACCAGAAAGGCUGCCUGGAGUUAUACCAGGGCAAGGAAACAGGCAGGACUGAGACUGCAUCUGGGACUGCACACUUGUUUAAUAAGUGCUCCCUCUCCUGGGCCGUGUCCGCACUGUCCCAGAGAAAAUUCAAGUGCUUUGGCAAUCUGGGAGCCCUGCUGGUGGCUGCAGCGAUGGCCACCAUGGGCGACGAGGACCUGUUGGCCUAUUUCCACAUGCAAUACAGGCAGAACCUCCUGCACUUGCUCAGGAAACUCAGACUGACAGAGGAGGACUCCCUGUCUCCAUUUAUUCGCCUCCAGGAGAAGAAGAAACAAGCCCAACUGAUGCAAAAGGCUCUGGAGGUGAAGGAAGAGGCCUUCAGGGAGAGGAUGAAAGUCAUAACCUGCCGGUGGAGUGACCUCCAUGCCAAGGAGGCUCAGCUGAAAACCUACAUGGAGAAAUCUGGGAGGAUUUUAAAGGAAAAUGAUAAGAUGCGAAUCCAAGCACUGAAGAAAGCCAGCAAAGAGAGAGAGAGGAAGAUACAAAAGGAGAGCGAGCUCUUGAGAGCUAAGAGGGAACUGGAAGCCCUGAGAAAUAAGCACCAGAAACUCUCCAACAAAGUUCAGAAGUACUCCAUCUUCAACAAAUACCUGGAGGAUGUGGUGAAGAUCUCACAGUUUGAGGAGAUCCAGGAAGUUAUUUGGCGCUACAAGACACUGGUGAGGAUGCACAAGGACCUGCUGCAGGCACAACUAGAGCACAAGGAAAUGUCUGAGCAAGCCAAGGUGCUCCUGGACCAGUACACCGCACAGAAAGAAGCUGAGAUCCUGCAGUACAAAAAUGAACUGGUGCAGCUCCAACUACGUUUCGAUCAGGCUCAAAGUGACGUCCUCCCCUGGGAGACUUGCUGGGCCGACAUCCAGAACACGACUGCCAAGAAAACCCUGCAGCUGGGGACCAUCAAGAUGGCCAUCUUCAACCUCUUCCAGUGCAUGAGCACGCAGCUGAAAGCAAACCUGAACGUGCCAGUGGAUGACAGCCACAGACAACUGAACAUGAUUCAGCAGUUUAUCCAAGACCUCACAGACAUCUCUAUGGAGGUGAAACGGAAGGACAUGCAGAACCGUCAGUGA